AUGUUGUACUCAACACUAUAUAUUUCACCAGAAGAAAAGAGUCUUGCAGUGCCCUUGCACCAGAUACAAGAUCAGCAGCUUUCAUCCACAUGUACCAGUGUGACCCAUGAACAAUGUGAGAAGAAUCAUAUUUUCGCAAUGCUGCACAGGAAUGGUUCUGGAGAUAAUGAUAUCAGCAGUAAGACCUCCGACAGUGACGGAAAAGUGAAGGCUUUUUCGAUUGAUCUGAAAGAUGAACAGUUCCGAGAUGACUUCAGCCCUUUGGUGGAGGGUUGUCCGUGCUAUUGUUGCAAGAAUCACACGCGCGCCUACCUCUACCAUCUUCUACUGACUAAUGAGCUGUUGGCUGGAGUCCUUCUCAUGAUCCACAACCUUCACCACUACUUUGCAUUCUUCCAGUCUAUCCGUGAUGCUCUGAAAGAUGGCCACUUGAAAGACCUUAAAGAGCUCAUUGCAAAACAGAAAGUAUGACAGAAACAGUUGAUAGGACACAUGAUGGGUAUCCACCUGUAAGGUUUCUGGGCAGGCAUGGUGGCUGCAGCAAGUCAACUUGGAUCUACUCACAAUGUGAGUUUGUUAUUCCAACAUUUCAUUUUCUUAUGAUUAGAUCCUCAUAGCAUUCAGACUUGAGAUUUACUCUACGGUGUUAUGUAUCAUUAAUGUGACUGUAGGAACUGAAAAUAAGGUUUGAAAUCUGGGUGCUUUGGUUAAUUUAUGUUUUUCAUCUACUUUUUUAAAGAAACAAUUGCGUCUAUUAAAAAACAAUCUGAAGGCAUUGUACAAAUACAUUUGAUGUGAAGGGUUAGCUCUGAGAUGGCUCCGUCACUGUGGACUAAUUAACUCAUGAGACUUGCCGUGAUAGAUGAAUUUACUAAUUUCAUUCCAUACAGUUUUUAAGACUCCCAUCUAAUUAUGAGAGAGGUACAUAGAAAAUACAGAAAUGAAUAGUUUUGAACUCAAGCUACUUUUUAAAAACUGAAUAUAGAAGGUAAGUAGCAGUAGCCCUCGGUACCUUAUUUUUCAUUGUAAUUGAUAAU